AUGCUGACAUUUUCACAGAAUUUCCUUCCGCUCCUCAAGGACCACAUCCUUGGUCGCUUGCGUGGGCGUCCAUAUGAUGGCGAUGAAAGAGGUUUUUCUCACCAGGAUCACCACACGAUGAUCUUCGAGAAAAACCGAAUGUAUUUCCAUAAGGUAUUGCGAGUCAACUACACUACAUAUGAUAUGCGCCGCAUGCAAGAUUCCAUCAAUCCACGCACCCACCCAAAUAUUAUGGUUGCUGCACACGAAGAAGACGACGACGAUAAUCCUGAGGCAAGCAAGCAUCCAUACUGGUAUGCUCGCAUCAUCGGUAUCUUCCAUGUCAACGUAAGGCAUACUGGACCAUUCCGAACAUCAGAUGAAGUACAACGAAUGGAGGUUCUCUGGGUUCGCUGGUACGGACGAGACGUUGAUGCUCUAGGAGGCUUCGAGACACGGCGUCUGCAUCGCAUUGGAUUCGCUGACGGCAGCGAUCCUAACGCAUUCAGGUUUCUCAAUCCUGCAGUCAUCAUACGAGCUGCACACAUCAUCCCAGCAUUCGCUUAUGGAAGGACAGCAGACUUGCUACCAGCGUCGCCCUGUGCAAGACUGCCGGAGGAAGAAGAUAUGGACUAUGAAUUUUAUUACGUGAAUAUGUGA